CAAAACCUUUUUUCUCUCCAACUCGUAAAAUUCUCUUACCAUAUAAAUACAAAGCCUACUACACAUUUGCAACUCUUCUUUAUACAUUUUUCUCCAGAGCAGAAACAGAGUCACCGGAAAAAAACUAAUCUCCGGCAACACACAAACACAACAACAAAAAGUUCAAUACUUAAAGAUUCUGGUGACUCUCUGCUCUAAUGGGUCAAUCUCAAGUUCCUCUCUUUCUUUCUCUGAUUCUUGUUUUAAUCUAUGGCGUUUCUUCUACUACUUUCACCAUCCUUAACCAGUGUAGCUACACCGUGUGGCCUGGUCUUCUCUCCGGCGCCGGAACCCCUCCUUUACCCACCACUGGAUUCUCCUUAAACCCGACUGAAACACGUGUCAUCCCAAUCCCCGCUGCUUGGUCCGGCCGUAUUUGGGGCCGUACGCUCUGUACACAAGACGCAACCACCGGAAAGUUCACUUGCGUCACCGGAGACUGCGGUUCUUCCGCCGUUGAAUGCUCCGGAUCUGGCGCUGCACCUCCUGCAACACUCGCUGAAUUCACCUUAAACGGAGCCGGUGGUCUAGAUUUCUACGACGUGAGUCUCGUAGACGGUUACAACAUCCCCAUGACCAUUGUUCCUCAGGGCGGAGGAGAUGCCGGAGGAGUCGCCGGGAACUGCACGACCACCGGAUGCGUUGCGGAGCUCAACGGUCCUUGUCCUGCUCAGCUGAAAGUGGCGGCGACGACGGGGGCAGAAGGAGUAGCUUGCAAAAGCGCGUGCGAGGCGUUUAACACGCCGGAGUAUUGCUGUAGCGGCGCGUUUGGAACGCCGGACACGUGUAAGCCGAGUGAGUACUCGCUGUUUUUCAAAAACGCGUGCCCGAGAGCUUAUAGUUACGCUUACGACGACGGAACUAGUACUUUCACUUGUGCCGGAGCUGAUUACGUCAUCACUUUCUGUCCUUCUCCUAACCCAAGUGUGAAGAGUGCUACAAAGGAGAUCCAACCCGAAGCGGUUAGCUACUCUGCGGCAUCAUCUCAAAACGCGUCGCCAACUCUCACUACCGUGUUUUUGAUUGGAGUUUUGGGUUUCGCGUCUUGGGCGGUGCUACGCGUUUGGUGAUAUCUCUCUACGACGUCGCUUUUUUCUAAUAACACACAUCAUUCGAGUUUUUUUUUUUCCUUCUCACCAAAAAAAAGAAAAGAUUAUCGAAGAAGAAAAAAAGAAAUGGCCAGAAGAAAAGAUUUAGUUUAGUCGAAGAGUGAUUUAUUCGAAGUGAUGAUUUUUAGAACCAACUUAUUUUAGUUUUGAUUAGCUUAUAUAGUAUUAGUUUCUACGUAACUUUUUUUAGACAAAUGUUCUGUCUUUUAUGGUGUAUGUAGGAUUAUAUAACAGUUUUGCUUCCAGAAUUAAUUGAUUGGUAUUGCAUU